AUGAUGGUGUCUAUUACAGCAGUACGGGAUAAUAACGGCGCUAUCCCUCGUCUGUAUGGGUCCGAUCUGGUUGCGGUAUUUGUCGGCGGAACAAGCGGGAUAGGCGAAUCGACAGCACGCGCAUUCAUCCGCAAUACAACCGCCUCCCGUGCCUAUUUGAUUGGGCGCGACCAGGCAAGAGCAAGCCGGAUUAUCGAGGAAUUGCGGCAAAUCAAACCAGACUCGCAGGCUGAGUUUAUCAAAUCCGAUGUGUCUCUUCUUCGGGAGGUCGAUGAGGUUUGCAUGGAUAUCAAGAAGAAAGAGGAUCGAUUGAAUCUGUUCUUUUUGAGCCCGGGGACUGGGUCGAUGAAGGGACCAGAUGGUAUGAAAGCCCGUAAAUGA